CAUGAGUGUUUUUCCAUUUCACUUUUUCCCCCUUAAUCCAAAAGCUUGGUGAAGAGUCGAAAUUGUUGGUAAUAGUCUCCUAGAUCUGAAGAAGAUAAGCUGAUUCUUGUCAUUAUUGAAUUUUGGCUUUUGAAUUUGGGGAUUUCAAUCUGAGAAUUUGAUGAUAAGGCAAAACAGAAUACAUUGGCAUAUAUGAAGACUGUUCGGAUGGUUGACCCAUACUCAUCUUCGGCUGCUUCUAAAGCUCUUUUGUUUCAGAUCGAAUGACAGAUCUACUCAGUUAUGGCAAUCCUGACCGUGAUAUCGAGCAGUUGAAGGAAAUGACAGAAGAGUUGCCUCCUGAGAUGUCAAACAGUGAAACCUUUAAGGACAUUCAUGCUCAAGUUGAAGCUUUUCUAUGGGCAGAGUUCAAGUGUCUGAUUCCCAUUCUUCCUUGCCAGCAGACUUGGUGUGUGACCAACAAAAUCAGCAUGAUAGAACUUCAUCUAUUAAUGGGUCUCCUAACAAUCAAUAUCAUAAGAUGGGAGUCCAUCUGGAUGGUGCAGGAGUUAGAGACCUAUCACAGAAUGGUGAAGAUACAAAAAUUAAAUGAAAUAAAAAACUUAACUUGAUGCAAAUAUGAGGACUUUCCUGUUGUUCUUUAUGUUAAUUCGAGAUGAAAGUGAGUUGAUUUUCUUAUAUUUGUCUUUUCAUGCUCCUAAUAGUGAACAACAGGAAAGUCCUCAAUAAAGUGAACUUAUGUUCCUGUGUAAUUAUAGUUGUUAUGACCUCAAUAUAUGCAUGUUGUGCCUGAUAU